AGGACAACGAGCGGAAACUCCCAGGCCAUCCAUUUCUGGAUCGGGAGCGAGUCGACGCAAGAUGAGCAGGGCGCAGUGGCGAUGUACGUCACCCAGCUGGAUGACCACCUGGGCGGAGGUCCCACCCAGUAUCGCGAGACCCAGGGAAACGAGUCUCCAGAGUUCAAAAGCUACUUCAAGUCCGGCAUCCUGUACAAGAAGGGAGGAGUGGCCUCGGGGUUCAAGCACGUGGAGACCAACGUGUACAAUAUCCGCCGUUUGCUGCACGUGAAGGGGAAGAAGAACGUGUCGGCGAAGGAGGUGGAUGUGUCGUGGAGCAGCUUCAACAGGGGCGAUGUCUUCCUUCUGGACCUGGGCAAGGUCAUCGUCCAAUGGAACGCGCCACGGAGCAACAGGACCGAGAGGUUAAAGGCCCUGCUUCUGGCCAAGGACAUCAGUAGCCGUGAGCGUGGAGGGCGGGUACAGGUCGGCAUUGUGGACGGAGAUGAGGAGGACCAGCACCCCGAGCUGAUGAAGAUCAUGACGGCUGUGUUGGGGGAGCGCAAGGGCGAGCUGAAGGAGGCCGAGCCUGACCAGAGGGCCGACCAGCUGCAGAAAGCCAACAUCCGGCUCUACCACGUCUCUGACAACACGGGAAGUCUAAUGGUGCAGGAAGUAGCCACGCGACCUCUGACCCAGGAUUUACUGAAGCACGAGGACUGUUUCAUCUUGGACCAGGGUGGAGUCACCAUCUUCAUGUGGAAGGGGAAGAGUGCCAGCAAAGAGGAGAAACGAGCUGGAAUGAACAGGGCCUUGGGGUUCACCAAAGCCAAGGGCUACCCAUCCAGCACCAACGUGGUCCUGCUGAACGACGGGGCAGAGUCCGCCAUCUUCAAGCAACUCUUCAAGAAGUGGACGGUGAAGGGGCAGACCCAGGGCCUGGGCAAGAAGUAUUCAGUGGGCAAGAUCGCCAAGGUUGAGCAGACCAAGUUCAACGUGACUGAGCUCCACGCCCGUCCUGAGCUGGCAGCCCAGCAGAGGAUGGUGGAUGAUGCAUCGGGCAAAGUGGAGGUGUGGAGGAUCGAGGAGAACGAGCUGGCUCCCGUCGCUCAGAGGACCUACGGCCAGUUCUACGGGGGGGACUGCUACCUGGUGCUCUACACCUACAUGAAGAACGUCAGGCCGGCGUACAUCCUGUACAUGUGGCAGGGCCGGCAUGCGUCGCAGGGUGAGAUCGCAGCCUCUGCCUUCCAAGCGGUGAACCUGGACAACCAGUACAAUGACGAGGCUGUACAGGUGCGGGUGGUGAUGAACAAGGAGCCCCGGCACUUCCAGGCCAUCUUCAAGGGCAAACUCAUCAUCUUUGAGGGUGGGACGGGCCGCGGUGGGCAGGUGGAGGAAGGUCCAGUCAGGCUCUUUCAGGUGCGGGGCACGACGGAACUGAACACCAAGGCCACAGAGGUCCCCGCACGGGCCUCCUCACUCAACUCCAACGACAUCUUUGUGCUGAGGACGGAGCAGACCACCUACCUGUGGUGCGGCAAGGGCUGUAGUGGUGACGAGAGGGAGAUGGCAAAGUCGGUGGCCAAUGACCUGUCCAAGCGGGAGAAGCAGACGGUGCUGGAAGGGCAGGAGCCCACUGAGUUCUGGGCCGCGCUGGGCGGGAGAGCCCCCUACGCCAGUGACAAGAGGUUUCAGGAGGAGGAGUGUGAGUAUGAUCCUCGCCUGUUUGAGUGUUCCAACCAGACGGGCCGCUUCAUCAUCACGGAAGUGUCCGACUUCUCCCAGGAGGACCUGGAUGAAGAUGACAUCAUGCUCCUGGACACGUGGGAAGAGGUGAGAUUCUUCGCCAUAUCCGUUCCUCAGCAGCUCCUCUGACGAUUGGCUUGUCCC